AUGGCGGUGUCGCUUGCCGCGGUCCUCGUACUCAUCCCCACCUUGGUCGUAUCUCUCAUAUACUACCUCCUCUCUGGCAAGAAGCCCAGCAGCAACGGGCAGCGGAGGCUGCCGCCGUCGCCGCCAGGCCUCCCGUUCCUCGGCCACCUCCACUUCCUCGGCUCCUUGCCGCACCGGGGCCUCGGGUCCCUGGCCGCGAAGCACGGACCGGUUCUGCUGAUCCGGCUCGGCCGCGUGCCCACCGUGCUCGUCUCCUCCGCCGUCGCCGCGGAGGAGGUGAUGAAAUCCCGCGACCUCGCCUUCGCGAGCCGCCCCAGGGUUGUCAUGGCCGAGCGACUCCUCUACGGGCGCGACGUCGCGUUCGCGCCGUAUGGUGACUACUGGCGGCAGACACGCCGCAUCUGCGCGGUCCACCUCCUCAGCCCGCGCCGCAUCCUGUCCUUCCGCCGGGUCCGGGAGGAGGAGGCCGCCGCGCUGGUCGAGCGUGUCCGUACCAGCGCCGGCGCUGGCGCCGUCGUUGACCUGAGCGAGCUCCUCAUCGCCUACGCCAACUACGUCGUCUCCCGCGCUGCGUUCGGCGACGAUAGCGCGCGCGGGCUGUACGAAGGCGACGACAGAGGACGCGAGCUGCGGAAGGUGUUCGCCCAAUUCGACGUGCUGCUCGGGACAACGCCGUUGGGAGAGCUCCUGCCGGGGAUGGGCUGGGUGGACUUUGUGCGGGGGUUGGAAGGGAAGGCGAGGCGGACGUUCGAGGCGCUGGACGGGAUGGUCGAGAAGGUCAUUGAGGACCACCGCAGACGGCGGCGUCAAGCAGGCGGGCGGCAGAUGCGAGACGACGUCGACGGCAAUGAUCACCGCGACUUCGUGGACGUGCUGCUCGAUGUAAACGAGACGGACAAGGACGCCUGCGUUCGGCUCGGAACGGUCGAAAUUAAGGCCAUUAUCUUGGACAUGUUCGCGGGCGGCACCUCCACCACGACCACGGCGAUGGAAUGGACCAUGGCGGAGCUCAUCGCCCACCCGCACGCGAUGCGCAAGCUCCAGGACGAGAUCCGAGCGGCCGUGGGCGGCGCCGACCACGUCACCGAGGACCACGUCGACAAGGUAGGCUACCUAAAGGCCGUGGUCAAGGAGACUCUCCGGCUGCACCCGCCGGUUCCGCUCCUGGUACCCCGGGAGCCACCCGCGGACGCCGAGAUACUCGGCCACCACGUCCCGGCGCGGACGCAGGUCGUGAUCAACUCGUGGGCCAUCGGCCGGGACCCGGCGACGUGGGAGCGCCCCGAUGAGUUCUGGCCGGAGAGGUUCUUGGACAGCAGCGUGGACUUCAGGGGCCAGGACUUCGAGCUGCUGCCGUUCGGUGCCGGGAGGAGAGGGUGCCCGGGGAUCGGGUUCGCCAUGUCGACUCUCGAAAUGGCGAUUGCGAGCUUGCUGCAUCACUUUGAUUGGGAGCCCGCCGGCGGGAACGUGCCAGGGACGCUGCUGGACAUGAGCGAGGUGAACGGCAUCGCUGUGCGGAUCAAGGGCGGCCUGCCGCUUGUCGCCAAAGCGUGGUUUCCAUAG